AUGUUUGUGCGUUUUGCGGCGUGCUGCUUUUUAUUCUUCGUAGUCGCGGUGGCCGUCGAUGAAAAGUCGUCAAGACAAAAAAGAUGUAUCGUGGUUCAGAGGCAGUCCGGCCCAGGGGGCGGGGGGACCGCUGACGCAGAAGAGGUCGCCGACGAGGACGACUACCGCAGACCCGGCUCCAAGAAUCCGAGGCUCAGCAAGCUCACGAACAAACGGAAUCCAGAUUUUGACAUAGAGUUCGUUCCGGAGUUCUUAAAGAAACAGGCGAUGUCUUUAAGGAACAACGACUUCUCGUUCAAGAAGGCUCUGAAGCGACAUUUUAACAUUUAAAAUAAAUAAUUGAACAACU